AUGCUGCCAGGAGCAGCUUCCCUUUAUUAUGGAGAAGAAUCAAGUCAAGAGUUAUUCGAUUUUACUCCUGAGCACGUCAAGAAUCUCUGGGUCGAAAGAGAUCAUUUUCGUUUACCGAUGCAAUGGGAUGAUUCAUUCAACUCAGGCUUCACUUCUGGUGAAAAACCAUGGGUACCACUACAUCCUAGUUAUUGGCUAACAAACGUCGAAACUCAGAAAAAUCAUCCUCACAGCUUCUUGAGCUACUUCAAAGAUCUCGUCUCAAUUCGCAAAACAGAUACUUUCAAAUACGGUGAUCUGAAAUUAUACGCUGUGUCGAAAUGGGUCCUGGCAUUCACCAGAACUUAUCGGGAAUCUAAAUACAUUGUUGUAUUGAAUUUGGGAAUGGAAAAUAAUUUGAUCGAUUUACACUCGAAUAUCCACGAUUUGCCAUCAACUUUGACUGUGGUAGCAGCCAGUCCAAAUUCUGGAUACAUAAAAGGGUAUGGUGUCACAAUUACACAUAUUUAUUCUCAUUAUAUGCUGCAAUGA